AUGUGGAACCUCAUUUGUGCUGCCGAAAGGCACUCCCAGCUGAAGCGGAUUCCCCCCAAUGACCAGUGCCAUGUGGAUGGGGGCCAGGUCUGCCGGGUCACAGCUGUGUCCCCAGCCCUGAGCCUGCAUGCUGGAGAUGCUGAGGGGGGGAACGAAAACUGGAGGAAAGACAAGGAGGAGAAAGAAGAAGAGGAGGCGGCAGCAGGGGCGCUGGUGGGAGAGGAGGCUCUGUGCGCUCCCACGGCGCUGCUGUCCCUGAGCAGGAAGGCCCCGGACCGGGGCCCCACGGAGAGCAAGCUGGAGUUGCACCCGCUGCUGAGCAGGUGGGCUCUGUGGUUCUUCAAGAAUGACCGUAGCCGGGCCUGGCAGGACAACCUGCAUCUGGUCACCAAGUUUGACACCGUGGAGGACUUCUGGGCGAUGUACAGUAACAUCCAGCUCGCCAGUAAGCUCUCCUCCGGCUGUGACUACGCCCUGUUCAAGGAUGGCAUUGAGCCCAUGUGGGAAGACAGCAGAAAUAAGCGCGGUGGCCGCUGGCUGGUCAGCCUCGCCAAGCAGCAGCGCCACAGCGAGCUGGACCACCUGUGGCUGGAGACCCUGCUGUUUCUGAUCGGGGAGAGCUUUGAGGAGCACAGCCGGGAGGUGUGUGGAGCUGUCAUCAACAUCCGAGCCAAGGGGGACAAGAUUGCUGUGUGGACCAGGGAGGCGGAGAACCAGGCGGGCGUGCUGCACAUCGGGCGUGUCUACAAAGAGUGCCUGGGCCUCUCCUCAAAGACCAUCAUUGGGUACCAGGCCCAUGCAGACACGGCCACCAAGAGCAACUCUCUGGCCAAGAACAAGUUUGUGGUGUGA